UGUCAAGUUACUUUUACGGAAUUUUUUGUCUUUUUUUUUCCCAAUUGAACAUUUCCGUGAUUACAAGUAGCUCUUAUCGAUAAGAUAAGAGGUGGGACCUGACGGAUACGUCAUCGGAACGGCUGUGGGUUUAAACAUUUCCGACGAAUCAGUCCUUUGGCCAGGCACAUAUUGCCUUUUAUAAAGUUCCGUCUUCUCUUAUCCCUUGUCUUGACUUACAUAGUAUCUCCUUACCAUUCAACAGAUAUGGCUCCAGUACCCGCAUCGCUCUUACGUGCCCUUUCCAUCUCCGACCCCUCCAAAGCUAGCCUGUCUACUGCUGGUUUGGGAUCGGGUUUCACCAGUACAGGAGCUAUCCGAGCCACAGUCCCAUCAGCAGAUAAACAAGGUGAAGAAGAGAGACGGUAUUUUGUUAAAACUUCGACAAAUGGUAAAGCUGCCGAGGAAAUGUUUCGAGGGGAAUAUGAGUCCUUAAAUGCCAUUGCGACCUCCGUACCGGGGUUCUGUCCCCGCGCUCUAGCCUGGGGACCCCUGGAAGAGAGCACCGGAAAGAGCUUCUUCCUGGCGACCGAGUAUUUGGACUUGGGAGGCGGUGGCCGCACGGGUCGGUCUCUGUCUCAACGACUCGGAAAGCUCCAUUCAACUCCAGCCCCUUCAGAUCCUGAGACUGGGAAACGCCGGUUCGGGUUCCCCGUUCCAACCUUCUGUGGUGACACGAAGCAACCCAAUCGAUUCCACGACUCAUGGGCAGACUUCUACGCCAAUGAGCGGUUGAUGACCAUUCUCGAAACAUCGGAGAAGCGCAAUGGCCGAGACGCUAGCCUAAGAGAUUUAGUAGAGCAGACGGCACGCACGGUUGUCCCCGCCCUUUUGGGCGAUGGUCAUCUGGGCUACGACAAGAAUGGAAAUGGAGAAGGUAUUACGCCUGUAGUUGUUCACGGGGAUCUCUGGAGUGGCAAUGCAGACCGUGGAAGGAUUGUGGGCAGUGAGUACAAGGGAGAUGAAGAGCCAGGCGACGUCGUCUACGAUCCAUCAGCAUGCUACGCGCAUAGUGAAUAUGAGUUGGGCAUAAUGAAAAUGUUUGGGGGCUUCGGGUCGACAUUUUUCACUGCCUACCAUAAAGUAGUCCCUAAGACUGAGCCGGUGGAAGAAUAUGAAGAUCGAGUAAGGCUGUACGAACUGUAUCAUCAUUUGAAUCAUUACGCCAUCUUCGGGGCUGGGUAUCGAUCGGGAGCAAUAUCGAUCAUGCAGAAUUUAAUCAGAAAGCAUGGGAAUUAGUGUCUUUGCCUUCUUUUAGGGGCAGAUUCA